ACCGCCGUAAUGUACACGUGCAAGGAGGGGCACACCCUUGACACGGGUAACUUGGUCAGGGUGUGUUCUGGAGAGGGAUCGCUUCUCGGAUUUCCACCUAUAUGUAGACCCAUCCAAUGUGACGUUCCUGUACCGAAGCCUUGUGACAAUGCAGAGACGGACUCUGGGUCGAAGGUCGCUUAUAACGAAGUCGUGACCUACACGUGUCUCCCUGGCUGCACCCUCCUGGUGGGGGAUCUUUCUCGAGUAUGUACCCAGGAGGCGGUUCUCACAGGGACAGCACCCAGGUGUGAGGAAAUCCAGUGCAGCGCCACCCUGCCCUCCCCAGCCAGUAACGUCAUCCGCGAGUCCCCCGCCCUCGUGGACGUGGGUACACAGGCCUACUACAGCUGUUUACAAGGGUUCACUCUGACCGAUGGAGACUUGGAGAGGACGUGCAGCUCUGAUGGGUCAUUGCUGGGGAAUCCUCCUGUGUGUACAGAAACGAAGUGUGACGUACCCCAGCCUUUACAGGAAGAUAACACUCGGCGUGUAUCGGCAGCACAAGUUUCAAUCGGAUCAUACGCUGUGUAUGAGUGCACCGUUGGUCACGUGGUGUCUGGUCAGCUAAGGAUGCAGUGUCAGCCGGACGGUAACCUGGGAGGCCCCCUACCAAAGUGUCUGGAUGGAGCCUGUAGUGUCCCCAGCCCGUCGACUGACCAUCAUGUCCAGCUGGUUUCCGAGCCCCAGGUGCCCGUGGCUGCUGAUGUCGUGUAUCGCUGUAACCAUGGGUACACACUGCAGAGCGGGAAUCUUGUCAGGAACUGUCAGACAGGUGGCGCCCUCUCUGGAAACGAGCCACAGUGUGUGCAGAUAAGAGUCUGUGAAGAUCGCCGUGACGACUGCAGUGCUGUGCUGAACGGUAUACCAAACAUGUGCAGCCUCUACGGUGCCUACAGCAGCGAUUGCCCGGCAACCUGUGGCAACUGCGACUUCAACGAUAUAACCUGCCCAGUGACCGCCCCCAGCACAGGUGACAACACAGUACUGUUGAACACUACCACCGAGAUGUUCCCCGGUCAAGAUGCCGUGUACACCUGCAACGCCAACACCUACCUUGUGUCCGGCAAUCUGGUCAGGGCUUGUCGGCUGGACGGGUCGCUGACCAGGGAGCCAGCCUACCUGUGGAGUGAUAUCAGAAACAACGUCGUGGGUCAACGAUAUGCCGACAAUACCUCUAACAAAUCAGUCCCCUAAUAUACCCUUCACCUAUUUUGGAGCCUCGAACUACUCAACAAUACAGCGUUCUGGGACUGUCAAGUGUUGGAGAACCUACUGCCUCAAGGAGGGGGACAUUAGAUUUGUGGUGCUCAGGCGGAGUGGAACGUUCCCCAAUCUCAGCUACCUCGUCGUCGGUCAUACCAACGUCCGCUGUCGUGACGAUCGUCCGAUGACGUGGUGCAUCCCGCAACAAGAGCAAAUACCUGUGAACGCCGGCGACAUCCUUGGCAUUGUCGACAUUGUUGGCGGGAACAUCGGGUACAUGUCCUGCUUCGGCAAUCCAACAAGCGACAACUACGGCGAGUACAACGGCUACAGCUCCGCCACCAACAUGGUGGCUGGUCAUACAUUCAAUGGCGUGACCAACUACCGGAUGUGUGGCUACGCUGGGGUAAACGCUCAGAUUGGUCCUCCUGGGCAAUAAGUGAAAAUCGAUUUAUCGAUAUAUUAUGUAUCGAUAUUUUUAUCCAUGUGAGUCAUAUCGAUGAAUAAAGCAUACCAGCAAACCAACC